CAAUCCUCUCUCCCCCUCCCCCUCCCACUCCCCACCUGCCUCUCUUCCGCUCCCACCGCCAGGAAUGCAGGAGGCUUGUGGGAUGGGAUAAGAACCAGGAGGGCCCGUUCCCCGAUCCGCUUGUUCUCACUUCAUAGAACGUAUUGUCUGUUUUUGUACCUACCACCAACGGUACUUCUUUACCAACACACCACCGUUUGUCUGUCUUCUUUGCCGGAAAGACAUUGACAUUGACGACCUUUGCCAUUACACAAAAUUCCCGUAAAGCAAAAAAAUUGAAAUCACUCGCUCUCCCCCGCCGGUGAUUCCUACGCUAUUUUUUCCCACUUAAAAACCAACUUCAUCGCCUCACUCACCGCCAUCCUGUUCUCGCUUCUUCCCCUCCAACCACCCAACAAAAUUCUAUCAUGGCAGCUACUUAUUCAAUGCACAACUUCUAUCGGCCCUCAUCACUGACCGUCGAUACACACGCGCCACAAACCUACUUCGAGGAGGACGAAGGCAGUAUUCUAGACGAGAACAUCCUCGAUCAAAGUGCAUUAGACUCAGGACUGGAAAUGUCACCGCCCAUGGCCGGCAGUAGGAGAGAUUCGUUUGCCGUCUCUUCAUCAUUGUUCUCCCCAAAGACAGAUGAAUGGCAACAUGUAGACAUGCAGCAUCAGCAGCACCAGCCCAUGUCGUCGAACAACCCAUUUGUUGAGCACAGCAACAAUCCCUUCAUGCGCAUCGACGCACAAUCAGGUUACGGACAACCAAAUCACGGGUGGGCCAUGAACAACAACUCGGGCAUGUCGACGCCCAUGCAUGGUCAUGAUGGAAUUCCUGCUGAGUUCGAGGUUAACCAACCCAUCUUCCAAAGACCAAUGCAAACUCCCUUCAGCAACUCUGGAGUUCAACCACUUCCACUAUUCUCAUCCGGCAACACCAGCAAUGGCUCGAUACCAACCUCCCCUCAAAAGGAAUGGUCUAUAGCAGACAACAUGGAUAACCGCAUGCCAAAACGCAUGAGACCUCACAGCCCAACUCUCCGAUCUCAUCCAGAAAUGUCGAGGAGAGGUGAUGGUAUCCGAAAAAAGAACGCUCGGUUUGACAUCCCAGCUGAGCGAAAUCUUACCAACAUCGACCAACUCAUCGCCCAAUCGACGGAUGAGCAAGAGAUCAAAGAGCUGAAGCAACAGAAGAGACUGUUGAGAAAUCGACAGGCUGCGUACGUAUAAUCAUUCUCAUUUUUCUCUCUCAAUCUCAAAUAACUAACUCAUCUCAGUCUUGACUCACGUCAACGCAAGAAGCAACACACUGAGCGCUUAGAGGACGAGAAGAAGCACUACACUGGUCUCAUCAACGACCUUGAGGAGGAGUUGGCCGAAGCAAAACUUGCUCUCGACGACUUUGCCCGCAAGGAGCAACAGUACCAACAGUACAUUGAGAACAUGCAUAUGGAAAAGGAAGAGAUGGUCAGCAACCACACUAUUGAGACCGGCGAGCUACGAAAAAAGGUCAGCGUUCUCACUGAACAUGUUCAACGCCUUGAGAGCAACGCCAUGUCUACUGUCCCAAGUUCAAAUGGGUUCUCCACCGAUUACGCCGACAUUGACAGUCUGGCUAUGGAUGGUGCAUGGGACAACAUCUCCUUCCUCAAUGACUUCUCUAGUGAAGGCGAUGUCAAGGUCGAGAACAAUGCCCUCGUUCCUCUCAAGAAGACCGAGAACACUCUUCUUAGUGAACCCGAGAAACCCGCUGCUCAAGGUCUCCUUCUCAUGCUCCUCCUCGUUGGUGCUUUCGUUGCAUCCAAGGGAUCAUCCCCAGCUAUUCCUCAAUUGUCCGACGAUGUUCGUGCUGCUUCCACCACUCUUCUCGAAGAUAUCUUCAACGAUGCCGGGGUGUCACAAACUAGUACUGGUGUUUCUGCUAUGGCUCCUAUGACCUCCACUGCCGCCAACACCUGGUCAACAUCCAUGUCAUCGAUGGGUGGUACCGAAAUGCUCGGCGUCACUCCUUCAGCUCUUGGGGACCUCGCCGAUUCUCUCUCUCAACCAACCGAGGAGCAGAACAACGAACAAAUCUUCUCCUUGUCGGCAGCUCAGUACAACGGCCUCAACUCGCAUGACUUCCUCCAGAAUACUCCUCAGCCAUCAACCUCGCAAGGACGACGAAAUCUCGGCGAAACUUUAGCUGCCAUGCGAAGUAACAGCAAAAAAUCGGCGGCUGAGGUUUAUACGCGGUCAUUACUCUGGGAUCAAGUACCAAGUGAGGUGGUUCGCAAUUUCGCAAAGAUGGUCUCGCUCUCGGAUCAGCAUGAGGAGGGUCACACCACUCCAGUGGGUUGAAACAAUUUACCCGCCUGGGCGUGGUCACUCCAACACACAACAUAUACUCUAUUCAUAACGGACAUAAUUUCCGUCUUCCAUGACCAGUCACGAAUAACGGCUUAUCAUUUGGGCAUCAGAGAGAAACAUAUCCCCCAGCUCACGCAACUUAUCUAACAGCUUUUCUUAAUUUUUAUUUUGUCAAGUCAUAUCUAGCAAGCGAGCGAGCGAGCGUUGUUUUGUUUUUUUGACUUUUGCACUGUUUUCAUUUUUCAUCUCAACAGCAUUGAUUUCAUUCCAUAGCAUAGGGUGGGAAGGGAAGGAAAGGGACACGACAUAACCAUCAGGGGAAACGGGAAUCAACAGCGCAAGCUGACAGCAUUCAAAUUUUUCUUAUUCGUCACGCAACAAACCGUUGCAAACAAACUGGUCCUUGGGCACAGACAGGAACAUCAUUUGAUCACGAUAUCAUGAUGACUCUGGAAUAUCGGACAGGGGAUCGGUCGGAACCGGAUAUGGGAUCGGGAGGGCAAACAAAUUGGGAUCAUUAACAUGUAAAUUGAACACAGUGUUUUUUCUUUCUUUGGCUUGGGAGGAUUCGAGUUAGGAGACGAGAUUGUUG